AUGAAGGCAAUCAUCAAUUCAUCCUUUUCGAGAGCACUGCUGGCUCUUAUCAUAUGCAGCCAGGCCUUUGCAGAGCAAAGUGCUGCCCAAUUGACGAUCGAUGGCAAAGAAAGCGUCUCUUACCUUGCUUCAGCCGAAACAAAUGUUGCCGAGGUCAGCAUGAAGACAGGCAGUCCCGUCAUUACCAUGGGAAAUAUUCCUGCGGCGCAAAUCUUCGAGUCCUUGACAGGUUGGACUUCGACCGUCAUAGCAACGACCACAGUCACCACCAUCACUACCACUGUUAUGGUGCCUCGUCCAACUGCCGAAGUUCCACUUGCUCCCACGACUAACGUCGCCGGGCGGGUCAAGCCUGUUGUUACGAUCCUGGGCGCCGCUUUUGGACUGACUUGGACUGUCAUAACGCUGUAA